AUGCAAGGCUCAGGGCACUUCUUCCCUACUAGCCUGCUUCCCGGGCUGAAUCGAGGGGGUUUCGGAAGGAAAUCUCCCGCCCGCCUGAAGCAGAAAAGAGGGGCCAGGCAAGGCGGCCGGGAGGGCGACCCUCGGAGCAUCCCUCGCCAAGGAGCCCACCGCCGGCUGUGUGAAAUGGAGAACGGGAAGAAAGGCAGCAGCCAGUCGGAAGGCAGCGAGCAAGGCAAGGAUUGUAACCUGUCUCCGGUGACUCUCAACGUGGGGGGCUACCUCUACGUGACCCAGAGGCAAACCCUCACCAGAUACACGGACUCCUUGCUGGAAAGGGUGGUGACCGGGAAGACGCUCUGCCCGUCGGACGCAGAGGGCCAUUUUUUCAUCGACAGAGACGGUCUCCUCUUCAGGCACGUCCUGAACUUCCUAAGGAACGGGGAGCUGCUUCUCCCGGAGGGCUUCAAGGAAAGCCAACUUCUGGCCCAGGAGGCGGAAUUCUUCCAGCUUCACCUCUUGGCGGAGGCGGUGAAAUCCAGGUGGGAGAAGGAGCAGCUGGCCUCCAGGGAGGCCACCUUCCUGGAGAUCACCGACAGCCACGACCGUGCCCAGGGCCUGCGGAUUUUUUGCAACGCGCCCGACUUCAUCGCCAAGAUCAAAUCCCGCAUCGUUUUGGUCUCGAAAAGCAGGCUGGACGGUUUCCCCGAAGAGUUCUCCGUCUCUUCCAACAUCAUUCAGUUCAAGUACUUCAUCAAGUCGGAAAACGGGACCCGUCUGGUGUUGAAGGAAGACAACACCUUCGUGUGCACCUUGGAGACGCUCAAGUUUGAGGCCAUCAUGAUGGCCCUCAAGUGCGGCUUCCGGCUGCUGACCAGCCUGGAUUGUUCGAAAGGAUCCAUCGUCCACAGCGACGCGCUUCACUUCAUCAAGUGA